AAUGGCGGUCCAAGUCGAGCCAGCUGCUAUCCAGGUCCCUGCUUCGGGAGGCAACGUCUCGCUUCAGCUGAUGAACGGCAACCCUGAGGUAGUAUUUAUUUUUUUCUCAUCUUUCUUUUCUCACUCUCAAAUCAUUCCUCUAAUCAAAUUUUUUAUAUUUUUUCAGGUCCGCUUCGCCUUCAAGCUCAAGUCCAGCAAUAACGAGCACUACCGAGUCAACCCCGUCUUCGGAUUCGUGGAGCCCGGCGCCGCUGCCCAAGUCGAAGUGAUCCGCCAGAACGGCCCGCCAAAAGGUGAUGACAAGCUCGAGAUCUGCUUCGCUGGGGCUCCUCCAGAUGCUGGGGACGCCAAGGCCAUCUUCCCUCCUGGAUCUUCUGGCGAGUUCAAGGUCGACGUUCCUAUGGCUGCUGCAUGA